GUGUGUGAAUAUCCCGAUGGGACCAAGUCUUUGAAACUGGGAGACUUUGGGCUUGCUACUGUGGUAGAAGGCCCUUUAUACACAGUCUGUGGCACACCCACUUACGUGGCUCCAGAAAUCAUUGCUGAAACUGGCUAUGGCCUGAAGGUGGACAUUUGGGCAGCUGGCGUGAUCACAUACAUACUUCUCUGUGGAUUCCCACCAUUCCGAAGCGAGAACAAUCUCCAGGAAGAUCUCUUUGACCAGAUCUUGGCUGGGAAGCUGGAAUUUCCGGCCCCCUACUGGGACAAACAUCACGGACUCUGCCAAGUUCAUCCUAUGGUAUGGUCUCUGAAGUUCUUGGCAAAAUUCUUAAAGUUGGACUGGCCAUCUUUCCGGUUUCCCUCCAUCCUCUUGUGCUCCUCUAAGCUCUAA